ACACUACCUAAACCAAACCUGGAGACCAUCAGGAGAAACGCUGCGUUGAUCACUGUGUUCAUUAAAUCCGUUUUCUGUGUAAAUAACCUGCAUUUUCUUACUAAAAUACACAUUUUCCAUCAGGGUAACAAUGAGUCAACGACAGAUAAUUCAAGUUUUUGAGCAGUAUCAGAAGUCAAGGAUGCAGUUUGUGCAAACGGUCGCUGAUCUGGCAGCCAGACCACAGAACAUAGAAAUGCUUCAAAAUGCUGGGGUGAUGACCCUGCUGCGGCCCUUGAUGCUGGAUAGUGUGCCCGGGAUCCAGCAGACCGCCGCGCUGGCUCUGGGCCGGCUGGCCGACCACAGCGACUCGCUGGCUGAGGCCGUGGUCCGGGAGGACAUCCUGCCGCAGCUGGUCCUCUCUCUGGCCUCGCAAAACGUAAGUCUCUCAUCUUUAAGGCUCAC